AUGUUCAAGACGCUGACGCAGCUGCUGCGCGCGGCGCACACGCCGGGGCCGCAGAUGGCGCACGCGGCGCAGCGGCUCCGGGACGCGGAGGCGGAGCCGAACUUUGGCUCGGCGCUGCUGGCGCUGUUGCAGCCAGGUGUUUGCGAGGCCUCACUGGCGCAGGCCGCGGCCAUCUACUUGAAGAACUUCCUGCGGCGCAGCUUCCAAGACGUCAACGCGCGCGAGGCGCUGAAGGAGCAGCUGGUGCCCACGGCCUUGGGCGCCUCCGGCGCCGUGCGGAAGCAGCUCUGCGCCGCUGUGCAGGAGCUGGCGGUGCAGGACUUCCCCGAGCGCUGGCCCACGCUGCUGCCGCAGCUGGUGAGCGCCGGCGCGUCGCGGGCCACGCUGGAGCUGAUGCACGCGGCGCUGGGCCAGAUGCGGCUGGAGCUGCGGGAGGCCAGCGAGGCCUCCAGCCAAGCCAGGUGCGCAGCGGAUGCUGUGGGGCCUCUGCACCUGGAGCUCUGGCGCCAUGCGUGCAGGGCGAUCUGCGAGAGCCCAGAUGGUGAGAGCAUCGAGCUUCUUCUGGCCGCCACAUUGGUCUUGCACGACCUGACGAAAAUCGCGAUGCCGGAGCACUUCCGGCAACAUUUGGACAUCUACAUGCAGGGGGUGCUGGCGGUGCUGGCGCGGCCGGUGACCUCGGAGUUGCGGCAGGAGCUCUGCAGCCUGCUGUGCGCGUGGCUGACCCACCACAAGGAACUGCUAGAGAGCUACGUUGGCCGCACCAUGGAGGCAGCCUGGACUUUGCUGACCUCGCUGGACGACAGCCCCAGCAACGACCCGCUGGUGGUUGCGGGCGUCGCCGUGUUGUCUUGUGCUGCGAUCCAGGACUGGCAGGCCCCGCCUUUCAAGGAUCCCAAGGUCUUGGCGGCAGUGUGCGAGCGCGUGGUACUGCCCAACAUCAAGCUGCGGGCCAGCGACCUGGAGCUCUUCCACGAAGACCUACAGGAAUACAUUGCUCGCGAUGUGGAGGGCAACGACAUCCAGACACGGCGAUGGGUGGCCAUCGAGCUGAUGCGGUCGCUUCGACGGCAUCACGACAAGGAGAUUUGUGAGAUCGUGGUGUCCUGCGUGGGCCAACUGCUGCAGGAGGCCAAUGUGGGUGACCCCCAGCGGGCUGCCAUUUGCAAGCACGCCUGCGUGCACCUGGUGAUCUCCAUGGCCGGCAGCGGCAAAAGCAUCGGCCCCGGGGGCCUCGCCGGGGAGUUCUUCAAGCACCAGCUGGGCCCCGAGCUCCUGGCCGUGCGCGAGGCGCCGCGAGGCACGUCGGUGGAGGCUGUGCUCUUCAAGGCUGCCUGCCUGAAGUUCCUGACGGUGCUGCGAAACGUCCUGCCGGCCAAGCUGGUGCUGGGUGUGGUGCCGAUACUGCCCACGCUCAUGCAAGCGGAGCACCCGCUGCUGCACACCUACGCCGCCAUCUGCGGCAAUGUGCUCACCACUGUGCAGGAGAAGGUGGAAGGAGCGUCGCGGCCGCGCUUCGGGCGCGAGCAGCUGGGCCCGGUUCUGCAACAGAUGCUGCCCACCUUGUUGCGGAUCCUGGUGGAGGGCCGCAGCGUGCCGCAGAAUGUGCACCUGGUCCGGGCGCUGUCUUCCUGGCUCACCUUCUUAGGCGCCGACCUGCCGCCGGCUCUGGCGACCACGGCGCUGCAGUCCUUGGCACAGCUGGCCUCGCAGCGGCCCAUCAGCGCGGACUACACCCACGGCCUCUUCGAGUGCCUGGCACUGGCGCUGAAGUCCUGUGCCAGCAGACAGCAGAGCACCGAGAGCGUGGUGCUGCCAAUGGUGCAGCAGCUCUGGGUGAUGCAGGCAGAUGACCUGCUGCCAUACUGCUACCAGAUUAUGGGCUUGAUGCUGGAUCUGGCGCCGGCAAACUCCGUGGCGAGUUUCUACGGGGAGCUGCUGCCGAAGCUGCUGGCGCCGGAACUCUGGCAGGCCGGGUUGGUGGCGGGGCUGGUGCGGCUGCUGCGGGCUUUCUUCGCCAAGGUCGGGAUCUUCCACUCCUUGCUGCAGCAGGCCAUGCCCAGCAUCUUCGAGCGAUUCCAGCAGGCCUUGCGGCAGCGGCCCUCUGCUGGGGCGGCGUUGGGCCUGCUGUGCGCGGCCUUCCGGUUCCUGCCCUUCGAGCUCUACCGCAGCCACUUCCAGGCAGCACUUGCCGCGUGCCUGGCGAAGCUGGAAACCAACGCCCGGGAGCUGGAGAAGGACCUGGCCGUGGCUCUGUGCAUCUUCGCGCAGGGCGAGGCUUGGGGUGGGGGCUCGGCAGUUGUGCUGCGGGCGGCCAUGGACCAGCUGCGGGAGGGCCUCUUCGAGCACGUCCUGCUGAAGGUCUGGCUGCCCGCCACCUCGCGGGUGCUGACGCUGCAGCGCCGCAAGGUCUGCAUCUUCGGCCUCAUCCGGGUCAUGUACCUCCCGGAUUUGUCGGGCACGGCCUUUCAGGCCUGCUGUCAGGCGCUGCUGAAGCUGCUGCGGCUCCGGCAGUUCGGGCUGCCGGUGCUCAUCUUCGAGGAGCUCUUCAGCGGCAGGCCGCUCUUCCUCUGCCGACGACACGAAGACAUCAAUCCGGGCGAUGAGUUCCAGGUGUCUUUCAACCACCUGGAACAUGCCGAGCUCAAGGAAGACGUGUGGGAUGUGCUCCCCGAGAUCCAGGACGUGCCCUCGGCCAAAUUGGCUGUGAAGGCUGCCUUGGCCCCCCUGCAGCAGGCGCUCGCCCAGGUGGAGGGCAUGAGCCAAGCCUUGGAAGACCUGCUGAAGUGCCGCGAGCGGCAGCGGCGGCAGCAGCGACUGGCCAAAAGCUUUUGCAGCGCCGCCUCGGCGAUACUGGAGACCGUCGUCCAGGCAUGGGUGCAAGCCACGCAGGACAAUCGUGUGACACGCAAGAGGCAGGAGCUGCUCCGGGAGCAGAAGCUGCGGGAAGUGGAUCGUAUCCUCCGCACGGGAAUUGGCCAAGGGGCCGAGCUCUACUGCAUCUUGCAGGCGUGGCACUCUGCCGUGGAGCGGCGGCAAGGUGCCUUCCAGCAGCGCUCCAAGGCUGUGGAGGCCGUGGCUCAGCUGGCGGUGGACCACCUUCGCCUUGCUUUCAGCGGCUGGGUGAGUUGCUGCAAGGCGCAGCGCGCCGCACAAGCGCAGCGUCUGCAGUCUGUGCAGAAGACCGUGGCCGUGGGCCUUCAGGCCGGCCUAGCGUCAAUCUGGGCUGCCUGGCGUCAAUGCAUGGACACGAAGCGUCGCAAGCAGAAGGUGGAGCAGCACAUGUCUGGGCUGAUGCGCUCGCAGCAGGAGAAGGGCCUAGGCCACUUCCUGCUGCUCUGGAACAUGGGCGCCGUGAAGCGCAAGUUCCUGAAGCUGCAGGCCGUGGUGCUGAGCCACCGAAGGGGCAGAGACAGGGCCCUGGCGGCAAUACGGUGGCUGGAGGGGCGGACCAAGCAGCAGCUGGCUGGUCUCUUCUUCCCCUGGUUGCGGCAGGUGGCAGGCUGGAGAGAGAAGCGGCAGGCCAAGGCAAGGUACUUGUCGCUGGUGGACUGCUGCAACUUGCAGCAGCAAGGCUUUUGGCUCCACGCCUGGCGAGGUGCCGUCCGGGAGAUGCACCAUGAGCGCUGCAGGGCCGAGAUGGAGAACCUCAAAGCAGAGCACCAGGAGCAGCUGCAGCGGCAGAAGGAGGAGCAGAUCGGCAGUCGCCGAGAGGCGCUGAAGAAGCACUUCGCCGGCAGCAUGGAGAAUCUGCGCGCGAACUCUUUCGCGGCCUGGCGGGAUUUUCUCAUUGCCUGCAGGGAGGAGCAGCGGCUCCGGGACGCCGCCAAGCAGCGGGGGGAGCUGGCCGCGCAGCGCGCCGCGGUGGGCCUGCUGCAGUCCUUGCAAGCCGGCUGCUUUGGUGCUUGGGCCGACUUCCAGAAACGGCAGAAGGCCGAAAGCCGGCAAAACCUGGCCACGUCGCUGGUGCAGCGGCAGCUGAACAGCAGCAGGGAGAACUUCCUGUCGCUGGCCUUUGGCGGCUGGCUGCAGAUCCUGAAGCAGCGGGGACAGACGGCGCGCCACGACGCGGUGGCGCGCCGCGCCUUUGCCCGGUGCGCCAGGGCCUCUUUGUCGCAGUGCUUUGCCGAGUGGCGGGAAACAGUGCGGCGCGAGAGGCUGCAGCACCUCACUACUGAGCUCGCCCGAGCGAAGAGUGCGCUCAGAAUGUUUGAGAACGAGCUCGAGCAGGCCAAAGAACGCCGGCGCUGCGAGCUGGCGGGCCGCUUCAUGUCCACUUCAAGCUCCAUGCAGCAGCAGUUCUUCCAGGUGUGGAAGAAGCUGGUGGAGGAGAACAUUCGCAAGGCUGCGCGCUCCGCCGUGGCGUUGCGGAUGGCCUGCAAAGGAGACCAGGCGCUGAAGGUGGAGGUCUUCUCGGCGUGGGUGCGGCAGGCUGCGCGGGAGCGGGCGGAGCAAGCCCGGCAGCGCAGCAGGCAGCAGGUGCUGCGGCAGCUGGGCCUGAGCUCGGCCGGCAGCCUCAGCGCCGCCGUGGGUGCCUGGAAGAGCUUCCUGCAGGCGCGGCGGGGCGCCAAAGAGCGCCUCAAGAGGGGCCACGCAAUUGCAGCCAGACGCAUUGCCGAGCUGGAGGAGCCGCUGCUGGCGCUGGGCUUCGCGGGCUUCCGGGGCGUGGUGGCGGCCGCCCGGGUGCAGCAAGCCGCGGACGCCAGGUGCAGCCACUUCCGGAGCCGGGUGGUGCGCUGCGACCGCAGCUUCGCUGAGAAGGCCGCCGCCAUGCACAACUGCGCCUGCCUCUCCCGAUCGCUGCUGCUGUGGCGGCUGCUCGCUUCCGUGAGGUGCGCCGUCAGCUUCGAGCGCCGGAAGCUGGCGCGGACCUCCGGCCUGGGCAAGGCCACCGCGGUAAGGCUGCGGCAUCGAAUACACCAGCUGCGCGUCAUGUGGGCCUGGCUGAUGAGCAGCAAGCUGAAGCCCUGGGAGAGACCCUUCCUCGUGAAGCCCCUGAAGGAGGCACCUCUAGCGCUGCCGAUGGGGUCGCCACGUGCGAGGAGCCCGCAGGUCCAGGUCUUCACCUCCCGGGUGGAGCCGCUGGAGGCAGAGAUGGACCAGGAGUCUGCCGCCGCGGCCGCGGCUGCAGCCUGGGUCCGCGAGGCUUCCAGAUCGCCAAGCCCCACGAGGUUCCGCGUCACCACCAGCCCGACGCGGCUGCAGCAGGGUGAGCGAUACACUUUGGCCAGCAAGGCGGCCACCAGUGAAGGAGACUACCGGCAAUUGCUGGAACACAACCGGCGGCAGAUCCGCGAACAGCGCGGCGCUGCAAGAUGCAGCUCGCCGGAGCCGGCUGGCCAGUGGGGCCUGUGGGCCAAAUGA